AUGACUAUGAUGGACACUGAUUUUGACGAACCUCUACUUCGAGGAAACUCUGGGCCCAGAAAGAAACGGCAAUGGCCACUGAAAUGUGUGGUCUUCCUGACAGUGCUGCUCAGCUUCGCAAUUUCGAUAACUGUGGCAAUUUCGCUGCACUACAUCCUUUUCUCACAGUCGUUAAUUGAGUAUGGCACUUCAAUGCUCCCAGGCUUGAAGGCUCCGCCACUCGGUCCGAUUCUGAAAUCCUAUAACCCUGACACUACCUAUACAAUCUACCACAGCAAUGACACCAGGGACAUGUGGAUGCAAUUGUUUCCAAGAGGAAUGGGAUACAUUCAAAUAGACAAGGUGAAGGAGUUGGGAGUCAUCCCAGACUUUAUCCAGAAUGUGAACACAGAUGGGUCAGGCCGAUUCUGCGUGGCUGUCUUCCAUCAGCUUCACUGCCUCGUGAGCUCAUGCCAUAUUCUAGCCCAUGUGGUGUUCUCCCCUAAUCUACUACAGUAUCUCAUCUUUGAAGAGUAUUCAAAGGCGCUACAGGGGCAAAUUCGUCAGCCGUCAGGCCAUACGCUGCACUGUUAUGAUUAUCUCCGCCAGUCUAUUAUGUGCGCGGCUGAUUCAAACCUGGAACCAUUCCGGUCACGCUUUGACGGGAUGAAGCCGGGAGAUGGGGUGGAUGGGAUUGGAAGUAUUCAUCAAUGUCGAAGAUUUGAGGACGUGUUUGCAUGGGCCGAGAGCUUCCGAUACAGCGAUGAUGGAGAUGCCGAGCGCUUCGGAGGUUGA